AUGAAGUUUGCUACAAUUUUGCUAAGUUUUUUAGCUCAUGGUUUGGCAUCACAUGUUUAUUAUGAAUGUGAAUCAUUUCCAGACCCAAGUUUGAGUGAUAAGUUUGAGCCACAAGUUAAAGUAACAGACGUUUCUAAAAGAAGUUCUGUGACUAUUUUCAAUUAUGAUGAUGUUUGGAAGACAAAUAUUCCAAUCAAAAGUGCCGAUGGUAACUUGUACUUGAGAAACGAAGACUUCAAUACUUGCACAUCUGAGUUGAUUAAAUCUGGUAGAUGUAAAAAGAAGGACGGUUUUACUUUAAAGGUCAAGAAAGGUUUUAAAACAAAAAGUUUGAUCAUAAAUAGAGUUUUGAGACCUGGUGAAGAGUUGAAGUAUCCAAUAAAAAAGGCUGGUAAUUUUUGUACAAUUAUUUAUCAAUAUUCUGAUCAAGAUCCAACAACAAAAGUGUCAAAUAUUAGGUCUUAUGGAUAUUUGGAUCUUAAAAGCUUUGAGAAGCUUCAAUCCUUGAUACUUUUAUCAGUUAUUUAUGUUGUUAUUGGCGUUUACAUUCACUUUAGCUCAUCUAAGUUAUUAUUUCAUCAAAGAACAAACAAGAAAGCCCAUGAAAAGAUUUAUUCAUUCUUUUUUAGUCUUGUAUUUCAAACCAUUUUUCAAGCAAUCGUGAUUCAUUUAGAAAACCAGGGUACUAAACUAAGAAUCUAUCAAUUGUUGAUUUAUUAUUUUGUUUUGUCAUUUACUAAAUUUUCUUGUUAUUUAAAUCUUUAUAAAAGCUCCACAUAUUUAGCCGGUGAUGAUACAUUCAAAUAUAACUGCUUUCCAAUUUAUUUUAUUAGCAUCCUUUUUGUUGCUGAAUUUUGUUCACUCAUGGAUCAUGCAAAGGUUGCAAGCCGUAUCUCUGAAAUGCUGUUCUUAAUUUCUUUAUACUCACAUUCUAGAAAGUUGAUGAAAUCAAUUCAAGACUUUAAAGUCAAGCUGAAGUAUAGAAAUACUAGAAGAUUGAUGAUAGCUGCAUUUAUGGGAUCGUUUGUGAUCCAUUUGCUUUUGACUGCUCCAUAUAACUUUAUGCGAGGUAUAAAAGUGGUUAAGUUGAAUAAUAACAGCUCUAUAGAAGCUUUGUCUUAUUUAGCUCAAAACCCAAUGUUUUUAGAAAAUCAACCAAGCUCUUUUGCUGAGAAAAUUCAGUGUUUGGUAUGGCCAAUUAUUGUUUUAGGCUUUAUAUUAAUUUGGAGGGAAGGUUAUGACAAUGUUACUUCAGUCAAAAGUGAUCAAAAAGAUCCAGCACCAGAUGCUAAAUCGAAAUCUGUUAGAGAAUCAAAGAAUAGAAAUUCUAAAUAUGUUAAUCCAACCUCAAGUUUUAGAUCUAAAUCACUUCCAAGAUCAAGAGCAAAGAAAGGCAGAAGAAAUUAG